CACGCACACACACUCAACUCUUGACAACUCUCGAAAACUCUCGACAACUCUCGACAUAUCUUGACAAAAAUCUUACAGUAUGGAAGAGCAGCCACCUCAACCGAUCGGCAUGGAAAGAGACAGCGCGACUAUCAUUGUGAAUGGAUCAGAAGUUGUAGCGGGCUCAUCUGGGACAAGCGUACUACCAGCUGUGCCAGAUGAUCGGCCCGGGGUAUCGGGUGUCCAUUUGCUGCUCAUGUGCUUGGAUACGGAGCGUCAUGUUACGUUCCAUGAGGGUGUCAUUGAUAACGAGGGCAUGAAUCGGCGCAAAUCCAAAUGCUGUUGCAUUUACAAGAAGCCGCAUGUCUUUGGCGAGAGCUCCUCAUCAUCGGACGAUGAAUGCGAGCAUUGUUGCGGCCAUCCCGAGGUGCGUCUACGUAAUCGUCUAAAAAAACAGCAACGGCAACAGCAGCAACAGCAACAGCAGCAACAGCAACAGCAGCAACAGCAACAGCAGCAACAGCAACAGCAACAACAACCGCAGCAACAGCAGCAGCAGGGUAAGCUUUGCCAGUGCAAGUGCCAUCAUGGCAGCCAACAUGCUGCCCCAGCUCAGGAUGACCCCAAGCAGGGCACUGAGAUAGCUGGUGACACUGGCAGUGUCAAGGCCAUUGCGGAACAGCCAAUGCAGCCAAAAGCUCUUAUUUCGGCAACCUCUAAGUCUAUGCAGCUUUGAUUCCCGCCGCAAGACGGCAACAACAACGGAUUCAUCCGACGCAUGAGUCGAGGUCAUAUUAAGCUUUAGCUUAUUUCUUGUGCAACUUCGGAUAUUGUCUAUGCUCCGUUUAAAUUGUCUAGUCCCCACUCAACUGUAUAGUUUGCUAUCCAUUGUUAAAUUUAUGAUUAAAUAACGCCAUUUGACACGGAUUUGG